CAUUGUAAGGAGGGGCCAUGUUUACAUCAAUUGCUGCAAAAUUGUCUUUAAUACUGGAAGCAUUGCGGGUGACAAUGGUUCUGAUGGAGUCGGAAACAUUAAAACACGUGAAUAUUUGAUCCACAAUGUGAGAGAGGCGAAUGAACUGAAAAGUUUAAAGCCUCUUUAAUCCAACAUCAUCAUCAUCCACAAUGUCAGACAACUUUAUAAAUCCCGAUUGGGACGUUGUACUUGACGGUAAAAUAGGGACAGCUGGGGUUUUUUGAUGUCCUCUCGAGUGCUGGGUCGUUCGAAGGUGAACUAUUCCCACGGAAGCCAGGAGGAACCUGUUUUUGUUUGUCCGCUGCACUCGAUUUUAGGCAAGCUAACACCGGAGGAACUUGUCCGUGAAUUUUGGGAGUGGUCACAUUUUGGUGCCGGGGAUUUCCUUGGGAAAUAAAAGGUGUGUCCUCGUUAGCUGUGUCCGCUUCCAUUUCGUUAACUGGUAACGUGGCGAAGACAUUGCGUGUGGAGAUUGGUUGUUGUUGUUGGGCAAGUGGAGAAGCGCCCUUCAAAAUACCCGCAAAUGUGCGUUUCGAGCGUUUCUUCAAAGAGCGAUUGUGUUUUGUAUUUGCAAAGAAAAGAACAGAAAACAUCGCGUAUUCUGAUGACCUUGAAAGCCACCCUCGCCAUACCUAACAUCCUUCUCCCCUCAGUUUCUUUCGUUCGAGAGCUGAAAUGUCACUAUGAAACAUUUUUCGCAGGUGACAACAAGUCAGCAAGAAGUUGAGAAAGAGACGCAAAACGGAAUACGACCUGGAGAGUCGCUAAUAUCCGGUUGGUGCAAUGUGUUUCAGAAUGCAAUGUUUGCGCUCUGAUGCCGGCUGUGAGCUGAAGGAUAAGCCCUCACCAAGUGAAAACGAGGAAAUUUCACACUGUAACAAGCUUCCGAUUGUGUACCGUUUCGAGUAUGGUGUUAAAUUUUGUGGUCUUCAGAGAUUGCACCCAUUCGAUGCAUCCAAGGGGGAAAACAUUUAUAAAUUGCUGAAAGCAGGCAAUUUGAUUAAAACCGAGGAAGAUGUCCACAAGCCGCUAGAGAUUAGCAGUGAAACAUUGAUGGAUGUGCACACCAAGCGGUAUAUCGAAAGUUUAAAGUGGAGCGUAAACGUGGCGAAGAUAGCGGAAAUUCCUCCGUUGAUAUUCGUGCCAAACUACUUCGUACAGCGGAACUAUCUGCGACCGAUGCGCUACCAAACAGCCGGAUCGAUUCUAGCCGCCAAAUGUGCCCUCGUGUCGCCAUCGGGGACGGGUUGGGCUAUAAAUUUAGGUGGAGGCUUCCAUCAUUGCAGUGCCGACGAGGGCGAAGGAUUUUGUCCCUACGCGGAUAUUACGUUGACCGUCAAAAUGCUACUGUCCAGUGGGAAGGGAAUUGAACGGAUUUUGAUCGUAGAUUUGGACGCCCAUCAGGGGAAUGGAUACGCCAGGGAUCUCAAGGAGGACAGCAGUGUGUUUAUUAUGGACAUGUACAACUAUCGGAUUUAUCCGAAAGAUCAUGAGGCCAAGCUUGCGAUUAGAAGACCAGUGGAACUGAAACCGCAUACCGAGGAUAAGGAAUAUUUACAGAAACUGAAAAGCAAUCUUUUUCGGUCAUUCGACGAGUUCAGGCCCGAUUUCGUUGUGUACAACGCUGGAACGGAUGUGCUAAAGGGAGAUCCAUUGGGAAUGCUAGACAUCACACCGGAAGGUGUAGUAGAGCGCGAUGCGAUUGUAUUCAAAGCGGCACGAGAGAGAAAUGUUCCCCUGGUGAUGCUUCUCAGCGGUGGAUAUUUGCGGAGUUCCGCUCGGGUGAUCGCAAACUCGAUAUUCAAUUUACACGAGAAAGGUCUUUUGCCGAUGCCCACUUAAACACUGGUUGGAUUGGAUCAUUUUUGGGAACGAAUUGUGAUACUACAGAUGUAUUUAAAUUUAGCAAUGUACCGUUCUGAAUCAUAUUUCAUACAGCUUCAUUUUUCGGACACUUUAUUAUAAUAUUUUGUCACAAAUGAUUUAUUAUAACACACAACACUACUCAUUACCGUUUGUGUUUGACGUUCGUUUAGUGUGUGAAUGUAGGAUUUAACCGUUCAUCAAUAUUUAAAUUGCGUCACGACAAAUGUAAAUUUAUUUGCGACACUGUUCGGCGAGAAGCGGUUUAAAUGCGCGACAAAAGGAUUAGAUCUUCGCGAGAUAAAAUACGAGAUAUGCGUUUGGUUCGACAGAUUUAUUUCAAGUGUUUUUUGUUUGGUUUACAGCGUUAUAUAUAUCGACCGGUGGCUAUCGGCUACCGGUCAUUGGUCUUGAAUACAAUACAAAGGCCCUAUUUGAUCUGGAGAAUUCCGUUUCUGCGGAAUUUCUAUGCAUAAUUGGAUGCUGUGAUAAAGGAGACGUAUUAAGAUUAAACACUCGUGUUUCAUCAGUUUUCAACAUCGUUUCAGUUCACUCUUAUUGCUUGGUAAGUGUUUCGCAGUUGACUAUAAGCAUAAUGUAAUUUUCCUGCAAAAAACUACAAAGUAAAGUGUCGAAAUUUGAAUCGAACUUUUUCCCUACGAGUCAUACUUCGGGCAGUUGAAAUCGGUGCUACUACAAUGAAAGUUUUCAGGCUUAUUAUGGAUGCAAAGCAUAGGUUCAUAUAACGCACCAAAAUAUUUUGAAAUUUUGUAUAAAUAGUUAUAUUAAUAUGAGGAAAGCUGAAUAAUUAGUGGACAAUGUGCAACUGGAUGAACUUCUAACAGAAGAAACGUUGAACCCUCCCUAUGUGUGUCCGUGUGUCCUGGCAACCUACCAAUUCACGGUAAAAGGUAGAAGUAGAACCUGCGAAGAAGUUGAUUGAAAUGACGAAGCGCCAAAAACUUGAGGAAAGGAAAAGAAAAACUGUGUUAAAACGGAAAGAGGGAGAAAUCCAAACAUUAGCUAGCAGGAAGCAGGAAGAACGGAUGAAGCAGAAAGAAAAACUUGAAAAGGCAAAAAAGCUGCAAAUUCAUGAAUUAACGAAGCGAAAUUGGUAGAAAAGGAUAAUGACUAAAUAGAUGAAACUAUUCAACAAAAAUUAAGAAUCAAGAUUCAAUCUCUGUGAAUAACCUUGAGUUAUUCUAUUACUUGAAAAACAGAUCACUUGAAUUCAAAUAUAUAAUUAUCAUUUGAGCAAUAUAACCCUUACCGUAUUUCAAGCCAUGAACAAUAUAAAGAAACAUCAAUAAUCGACAA